UUGUCGUUGUCGUUGUCGCCGACGUACGGCCAUCGCAUCGCAUCGCAAUCGCAAUCGCCUCACAUCGCGUAGCCGCAGUGUUGACCGUCCGCAUACGCAAAACUGGCGAACGAAGCAGGGCAGCUAUAAAAAAAUCACAAGAAACAAGUGCCGCCAGCUUCAGUUGUAGCAUAUCGAAAUCCCAAAAAAGUAUAUCCUAUUUGUUGAUUGUUGAAUCCUGCAAAAGGAGAGCAGUGCACGUGCUAUAGAAACAUCUUAAACGCCUGCGUUAAGUUUCUGGAUGUGUGUUGUUAUGCAAAUCGCGUCCUUUUUUGGCUUGAGGCAACAAUACAACAGUGAGUGUGUGUGAGUGCGUGCGGUUGGAGUGUGGAGUGUGGUGGUGUGGUGUGCGCUUGUGUGUGUGGUGUAUGUGCGUAGCAAACACGGUGUGUAUGAGCGCUGCUGUACGCGCCCACAAUGCAUAAAUCAAAAUACACAUUAUUGAGUCAUAAAUAAAGUUCGCAUCGGCUGCUACUUUAAAUAUUGGCCCCGCGGCUGGGCGGCGAUUCCGAAGACGAGAAAGUUACCAGUUAGCAGUUAGCAGCAGCAAACGCAAGGCCGCCGAAAUCGAAAUUUAUGCCUCGCACCCGCCAAAUACUUUGCCAUAUUUUUUGCUCAAUUGCCUGCCGCCGAUCCAAAAAACCCGCCUGCCAUCUUCUCGCUCCUCGCCUCAUUUUGUAUGAUGUGUGCGUCUCGCUGGCUGCAUAAAAAGCGCUCAAUGCCAACACGCCCUCGACAGCAGCAAUAAGCAAUAAGCACAGCGGCAACAACUCCAUCGGCGAACACACAGUGGCCCAAAACCCUGCGGGCUGCUUUUAUUACAAAGGCCGUAAAAAAAGCGCCGAAAAGCGGAGUAAACGCCACAGCAAAAAGGAUACAAUACGGCCGAAACAGGGUUAUCACUCGGAAUGGGAAAAAAGGACUAAGGGAGUCCUAAGCUCCAGGAUGCGAGGAAAAAAGGAUUUGAAAUUACAUUUUUAAUGCAGAGCGGGCAAGAAAAAGAGCGCGAAAUGAGCAACACGUGCGCGCUUUAUUUUAAAUAUUUAUAAGCAAACACACACACACAGCGAAACGCGCAAAAAACACACUCGAACACACCCACACACGCACAAGCACAGAAGUUAGGUGACCAAAGUUAAGCCUCGUCAAAUUCUAUUAAAAAUUCAUCUUAACGGUUAUGCGUUUUGUACAAACAGCAGCUAAGGAGCCGGGCAAAUGUUUGUAAAUAUUAAAAUGAAUUUAUGUGCAGCGCAGAAGUUUUUAAUUAAGUGAAAAGCGAAAACACGAGUGAAAACGAUAAAACGCGCCGCCAACAAAUCAUUGGGAGUACGAGUUGUUGUUUGGAGCAACGAGCUUAAAUAUUUGAAGCGAUGUUCGAGCGGGGCGAAACCAAUUUAUUUGCAUACCUAAUGCCCACACAGUGAGCCGCAAUCGAGUGAAGCUCAGAAUACUAACUGAACCGCAAUCGGCAAUCGCCAAUCGCCAAUUGGAUCGGGAGAGCUAUAACCAUGUCUAUAACCAUCACCGCCUCGUUUCUUGUCUUCAUGAUCCUGGGAGCCAUAACCUAUGCAAAUUCGCACGAGCACGCCGAUGGCUUUAAGCCAGAUGGCGAAAUCCUGCGUGUGUUGGUGAACAGCUCGGCCCAAAUCAAAUGCGAUGUGGGCUCCAGCCAGGCCGAUGACAAAGUGCUGCUGGUUGUUUGGUACAAGAAUAAUUUACCCAUUUACAGCUACGACACACGUGGCGCCCACGCAGGGACUCCGUCUCACUGGCGAGAUGAGGAGGUCCUCGAGGAUCGGGCCCUCUUUCUCACGCACAAGGAGCCGGCGGAAUUGAUUAUAAAUCCGGUUAAGGAAAAGGAUGCGGGCAACUUUCGCUGUCGCGUGGACUUCAAGCUUUCGCAGACCCGCAACAGCAACGUCAAUUUGGAGGUUGUCGUGCCGCCGACGCAGCCGAUUAUCUUCAACGAGCGUCGAUUGAGAAUCGAUUCGAGGGCAGGUCCUUAUGAAGAGGGUGGCAGCCUGGAAGUGACCUGCGUUGUCUACGGAGGGUCACCACCGCCGACUGUCAUCUGGCUGAUGAAUGGGCAGCUGCAGAACAGCGUUGUCGAUUACACAUACGAUGGCGCCAUCAACAGCAAACUGGUGGUUCGCAACCUGUCACGAAUCCACCAGCAUGCGGUCUACACCUGCCAAGCCAGCAAUUUCCACAAGAAAUAUGUGGCCACCAACAUAACCAUCGAGCUCUACCUGCGUCCUCUCCUCGUGGAAAUCAGCUUCAACAAUCAGCCGAUGUCAGCGGAUCGAAAGUACGAGAUCGAGUGCCAAGCGAUCGGAUCUAGACCUCCUGCUAAAAUAACCUGGUGGAUGGGCAACCUCGAACUCCAUGGCCAUAGUCAGAAGGUCUCUGAGGACGGCAAUGUAAGCACUUCGGUUUUAUCGAUCACACCGACGAGGGAGGAUCAUGGCAAGGCAUUAUCCUGUCGAGCAACCAAUGAACUCGUUCGGAAUGGCAUUCGAGAAACAGCCAUGAAGUUGAAUGUUUUCUUCAUUCCCACCUUGCAGCUGGACCUGGGCUCCAAUCUGAAUCCGGAGGAUAUCGAGGAGGGCGAUGAUGUCUACUUCGAGUGUAAAGUGCAUGCAAAUCCGGCUGCUUAUAAAGUUGUAUGGAAGCAUAAUCACCAAAUCAUCCAGCACAAUCAGCGAGCGGGCGUGAUUGUCAGCAGCGGCGAUCUGGCGCUCCAGGGAGUCACGCGUCACCAGGCGGGCAACUACACCUGUACCGCCUCGAAUGUCGAGGGCGACGGCGAUUCCAAUGUGGUCGAGCUGAAAGUGAUGUAUAAGCCAAUUUGCCGGCCCGAUCAAAAGAAAAUCUAUGGAGUGGCACGGAACGAGGCGGCCGAAAUCGUGUGCGAAGUGGAUGCCUUUCCGCCGCCGGAGAACUUCAAGUGGUCCUUCAACAACACGGCGGAGACCUUCGACAUGCCGCAAAGCGGCUUCCGGCCCCAUUCCGCCCAGGGCUCCACCCUCACCUACACGCCCGUCAAGGAAAUGGACUUUGGCACCAUCAUGUGCUGGGCCGACAACAAUGUGGGUCAGCAGAAGGAGCCCUGUGUGUUCCAUUUGAUAGCCGCUGGCAAACCGGAAGCGCCCACCAAUUGUACGGUGGUCAAUCAAACGUCCGACUCGCUGGAGGUUUAUUGCAUCGAAGGAUUCGAUGGCGGGAUGCGACAGUGGUUCCUCAUGGAAGUCUUUGACCAGCACAGUGGUCUGCUCCAGGCCAACAUCAGUGCCAAGUUCGCGGCCCUGAGCGUUACGGGAUUGGAUGCUGGCCGCCUGUUCCGCAUUUAUGUGUAUGCUGUAAAUGGAAGAGGUCGCAGUGAUGCCGUGGCCCUCGAUGGAUACACCCUCAAGGCGGCCGAAAAACAGACCGUUGCCUUGACCUCGUAUAAGGGCAGUGCCCAGAGUCCCGACAACUUCGAGCUGACGCCGAUCCUGUCGAUUGGCAUCUUCGUGGGCAUCCUGGUGGCCAUCGUGUGCAUUGGCAUUGGUACGAUUGCCGCUCUGAAGCUCCGCUCGCACAAGCACCAGCAGCAGCAGAAAUUCGUACAUCCGAAUGCGAAAUUCUCACGUCCGGGCAAUUUGCAAAUUAAGGACAAAAUCUCGUUGCCAUUGAGUCACUCCGAGGAGAUGUACGACGAGAAGAAUCCCGAUGUUGUGCCCUACAAUGAGGUUGAUGGUGAAUAUAAACAAAAAUCAGCAACACAAACGCCAUCGGGACAUCUCUCGACGACCAGCGAGGUGGAAAUCAGCUGCAAGCCGGGCUCAACAUCCGGCACCGGAAUCGGAAUCGGCCAAGCCAACUCGGCGGACAGUGGCACCUAUCAGAGCAGCAAGGACGAUGAGCUGCACUACGCGGAGCUGUCGCUGGCGAACAUGCCGUCCGGCAGCAGUGGCGCUUCGAAAAAGGGGCAGCCGGGUGUGGGCGUGGUGCAGCAGCAGCAACAACAGCAGCAACAGCAGCAGCAGCAAGUGCAGCAGGUGCAGCACCCGCACCCCCUGAUGGGUGGCACCCUGCCGCACGGGUCGAGUAUGCGAAAGCUGCUGCCGACGAUUCCGGGAACGGCGACGCUGCAGCGCCACAAGCCGAAUGCGGGUGGCAUGCAACAUCCGCACCAGCACGCUCCGCCGCCCACUUACGACUACGAUUACUUUGAGGAGCCGACGAUAUACGCGCAAAUCGAUGCGUACAAGACGAUGCAGGUGGACACGGCCGGCGGUGUUGCGGGUGUGGUGUCAGCGGGGGGCGGGGCAUGCAUCUCCUCGCCCGGUUCGCACGGCACCCCGUCAACGGUGUCGCCGGGAACGGUGCAGAUGUACACCCUGCCCCAGCAUCCAGGUGGCUACCACACUCUGCCACACAAUCAUCACGGAGGCGGAGUGGCAGGUCCGCAGAACUCCGCUUCAGUGAUGCAAAUGAUGCAGCAGCAACAACAGCAGCAGCAGCAGCAGUUGCACCAUCCUGCGCAUCCCAACAUGCCGCCCUCGUACCAGCAACACCAGCAGAACCAGCAGCAGAUGGCCCAUGGCCAAAUGAUGGUCAGCAGCAACAGCAGCGGACUGGCCUCCACAACGGCGGCUGUUGCCAGUCCCAGCAGUUCCCUUUCGGGACUCUCGGGCGUGGGCAAGUCCUACUCCCGCGAAAUAGUCACCGUUCGCACCCCGCUCAUGUACUCGCAGCAGGAGAGCUGCGUCUAAGGACCCUUAUACCAUAGCAAGGGGCUUUCCAGAACCCCACUCCCCCAAAAUCUACCCGAUUUACUAGUCAUGUAAGUCCUGAGCUCUUCGUGGUUGGUGUCUCUAGGCUAAGUUUUGCCAAAACGAAUUGAAUUAAAGGUACGGCAUUCAAGAGAAUUGAAGUGAAUCGUUUGUGUGCUCGCGGAGGAACUGAUUAUUUUUAAAAUCAAAGGCUUGUUACGAAGCUGUCACAUUAACCUCUUAAAAAUUUAAUUUAGACCACAGAACUCUUUGAAAAUGUAAUUGGUAACUUUUGAAUCUAUUUCUUGUACAUAAUAAUUUGCUAAAUAUUAUAGUUACCUUAUAAGAUUUUUUCUUUUAAAUUUUACCAAUACUGUUUUUGUGUUUUAAAAUAGACUGAAUAUAAUUUUAUUUAACUGUUUCAAACUUACCACUAUAGAUAAUUAUAUAGAAAAAUAUUCACUAAAAUUCAAUUAAACUUUGUUCCAUAAGUUUCACUUGUAUAUAGGUAAUAUAACUAAAAAUUUAAUCAUUAAACUAUUUUAAGUUUCAAUUUAUAAGCUUUUACAAAGCAAUUUUUGUUAUUCCUGGAUGUGGCAAGUAGUUAUUUUAUCAAUAAAGCAAAAAUAUAACAAAUUAAAACCAAAUACCAACAAUAGGCAGGAAAUAUCAUAUAUUUUUUUAAAUUUUGAUUUGAAGAAGUUUUUUUUUUAUGUAAAUGCAAAGUUAUUCUAAAACAGUUGAGAAGGUUUGAUUUGCGGACUUAUUUUGGCGCAGUUGAAGCAAGAGAAUGAUGCAGCAGAAGAAGAAUGUUCCUUCCUUACAGUAAGUACUCAUAUGGACACACAGUCUGUGCAAUAUUUUUUCAGAAGAUUACUUCACAUAAACGAGAAAGAUAAUUUACCUUUUCAAGGAGACUUUGUAAAUGUUUGUAAAUGUCAGCUGGCCAGUAAGGCAUAGCAAUCUCUAGAAAUUAAGCUCAAUGAAUGCAAGAAUCUAGUUUAUAUUUAGUAAGUAUAUCCUUGAUAUAAUAGACUUUAAGCUCACACUCACUCAACCAAAAAUAGGCGAGCAAUGCGAAGGCGCAACUUCUUGGCAAUUAUAUUGAAAAUAAAUUACAUUAUUCGAAUCUAUGAUAAACAAUAUAAAUAAAACCGAACACUUACACCUAAACACACACAAGCAAAUUAGCUGCAAUUAGCUUAGCAUAAAUGAAUACUAAGUAUUAAUGUGUAAAUAGCAAAAUCGUAAAUCAAAUUUAUUUUACAAAGCCCAAAAGCAAAUCAAACAGAAAUGCAGCAAGCUAAUGAAUGUAAAUUAGUUGCACAUUCGAUGCGAAAAACUCCAAAAGACUAUAAAUUACAAAACAAACCAACAAAAAAGAAAAAAAAAAAGCAAGGACCUAUCGUUGGUAUGUAAACUUUGAAAAGAAAAAUUUAACAAAAACCAGAAAAAGAAAACUGUGGGGAAAAUUGUUGUUUGUAAAUUGCAUUUAUAUAUCAAAUUGUAUUUUUCUCUUCAAUGUAUAAAUCAAUGUUUGAACUGUGAAUGGGUAUAAAAAAAACCGAAAAUAAAUGCACCUUGUAAAUUAUUGUUACAUUUUAAUAUUUGUGUUUAAUAAAUGGAGAAGUGGACACACAAACAAAACGAAAAGCUAUACUCCUUUAAAAGUGUGUGCGUAAAACAAAAUGUUGAGCUGUAAUUGUAAUAGACAAGAAUAAUGGCCAAGCAUGGCAAAUGCAAUUUCCAUUUCAAGCUAGUUAAGAGACGAAGAAUGAAAAUCGAAAAUCGAAAAAUAAACUAAAGAAACAAGUGAUUUCUCUUACAUCAAUUAGAAUGAAAUACAAAGAAACAAACAAACAAACGUACAUAUUUAGGUCGGUCAUCAUCUAUGCGUAUAUUUCUGCAUGUAAGUGUUCCAACCAAUAUGAAUCUAAACUAAGUGUAGCUAAUUUAACAUCUAAAUGAAGCCAUCAAAGAUAAUUGUAAAAUAUAUUAAUGAUUUAGUUUAAAGCAAGGCAUAUACUCUACAAAUGAAUUAUGAAUGUAUGUUACGAUUAAGCACUCGAAAAAUGAUAUGGAAAAUACCCCUCCCUUUUCCCAAUGAAUACAAGGAAUACAAUAAUAACUUGAGACACGAGAAACAAACUGAACAGCAAACAACUGAAUGAACUCAACCAAAUAAAUCCAUACAAAAUUUCAAUGAAAAGCAA